AACGAGGAAGACCGGCUAACCACGAUUCGAGAGUUGAUCUGGAGCUUUCCUAAACCACAUUUCAACCUUCUGGAGAGGACUUCGCAGCAUUUGUCGCGGGUGGUAGAAGAAGGCAAGGAGAACCUGAUGGCGCCGCACAACAUCGGUCUCGUGUUCGGUGAGUUUAUUGGCUUUUCUCUGGAAUGAGUGCCAGUUGUUGAGCCACCAAUGCUUUCACAUGUAGGCACUUCUCUCCUGAACCCUCCACCUAGCCCAAGCAGUGUGGCUGAGGGCUUUGGAAACAUCGGCAAGGCAGCCCACAUUGUCAAGAUCAUUAUCAUGGCACAUGAGUGGCUCUUUGACCCCAUCGUUGAGGCAGAGCCUACGCCUGUUGAAACCGAGGAGACGGCGAGAGUAGGCCACUCGGACUCUGAACAAGCAUCAACAAGCAGCGUACCCUCCGGUGCGACUGUGUCUGCACCUGUUACAAACGAUGUUGAACCUGGAUCAGGAAAUGUGGACUCCAACAAGGACUCCAUUCCGUCUUCCUCACCUGCGAACAGAGCAGAGCUGUCGGUUGUUCAACCGGAGCCCAGUUCCGCGUCUGCCUAUGUUGAUGCAGCAGCGUGCGCGCAGGCACGCGAUGAGGAGAAAGAAGAGUUGGCAGAUGACAUCAAUCGUAUCGACUGUCCAUUGAGCCCACCGUCCGCGCUUGGUCUCCAGCUGGCCGACAACGAGGGCGAGCGCACAAUUGCCGGUACUCUGAGCGGGGGGCGCAAUCUGCCGCGACGUGAACAAGAGGAGAGCAUCUACCUUGAUGCCCAGGAUGCGCUGGAGAUGCUGAGUUUCAAUCUCGAGGAGCCGGUCAGCCUGGCUUCGCCACUGGAAGAGAUUGACGAUCCUAUGCAACAGCUGCACACACAGCUCAACGCCAUCGGCAAAACGCCUUGACAUUCCUCAAUGUUCAACUUUAUUGCAAGCUUACCACUUAAUUUUCGAAGAGCAAAAGCAAAAGAUGAUACCCCAAGGUCCUCCGCUCGCAUUCCAUGCACUGUUGUA